CACUAACUAUAUUUUCUUAAAUGACUCUCUCUCUCAUAAAAGGGUAUGGAAGGAAUAUUGUUCAAUAAACUAAAUUCUACUAUAAUCUCUUCCUUUGGUUAGAGUUAGACAAACCCAAGAUUCUCUCUAAUGGACAGUAUCCAUAGGAACGGGGACGAGUUCCAUCUACCUUUGCUAACAGAAUCAGGACCAGAGGAUGAAUCAAAAGAAGAAGUGGUCAUCAAAGAUCUGGCACUAGAAAAGGACUUGACUACAAGGCUUUGGAUUGAAACACAGAAGCUAUGGAUCAUCGUGGGACCCUCCAUCAUCAGCCGCGUUGCAUCCUACUCCAUGAACAUUAUCACCCAAGCCUUUGCAGGCCACCUUGGUGAUGUUGAGCUCGCUGCCAUUUCCAUAGCUAACACUGUCAUAGUUGGCUUUAAUUUUGGCCUCUUACUAGGAAUGGCAAGUGCUUUAGAAACGCUUUGCGGUCAAGCUUUUGGUGCCAAGCAAUAUCACAUGUUAGGGGCAUACAUGCAAAGAUCAUGGAUUGUUCUAUUUCUUUGCUGUUUCUUGCUAUUGCCCUUCUACGUAUUCGCCACCCCGCUUCUGAAACUUCUAGGACAGCCAGACGACGUGGCGGAGAUGUCAGGAGUCGUGGCAGCUUGGAUGAUCCCUUUGCACUUUAGCUUCGCGUUUCAGUUCCCAUUGCAAAGGUUCUUGCAAAGCCAGCUCAAGACUAGCGUGUUAGCCUAUGUCUCUUUUGUUGCCUUGGGGUUCAAUGUGUUGACGAGUUGGCUAUUCGUAAACGUCUUGGAUUGGGGAGUUAUCGGUGCCUCCGUGGCGCUGGACAUUUCGGGGUGGGUGGGGGUUUUGGGGCUUUACGCGUACACUAUCCUUGGAGGCUGCCCUUUGUCAUGGACAGGUUACUCCAUACAAGCAUUUAAUGGCCUCUGGGAGUUCCUUAAACUCUCUGCUGCUUCUGGAGUCAUGCUAUGCUUGGAGAAUUGGUACUAUAGGAUACUGAUAUUGAUGACUGGGUACCUGCAAAAUGCCACCUUGGCUGUGGAUGCCUUGUCUGUCUGCAUGAGUAUCAAUGGAUGGGAGAUGAUGAUUCCAAUGGCGUUCUUGGCUGCUACAGGAGUAAGGGUGGCAAAUGAGCUUGGAGCAGGCAAUGGCCAAGGAGCCAAAUUUGCAACGAAGGUUUCCGUGGUGCAAUCGACAAUCAUUGGCCUUUUCUUCUGCGUUCUUAUCUUCAUCUUUCGUGACAAGGUGGCAUUGAUUUUCACUUCAAGUUCUGAUGUCCUCAAAGAGGUUGAUAAGCUUUCAUACCUGUUAGGCGUCACGAUUCUCCUUAAUAGUGUUCAACCAGUUUUAUCAGGAGUGGCAAUCGGAUCGGGAUGGCAAUCAACUGUAGCGUACGUAAACCUUGGUUGCUAUUAUAGUAUUGGACUCCCACUUGGAUUUUUGAUGGGAUGGGUUUUCCACUUGGGUGUUACGGGCAUUUGGGGUGGGAUGAUCUUUGGGGGAACUGCUAUUCAGACGGUGAUUUUGGCCAUAUUAACAAUGCGAAGCGACUGGGAAAAGGAGGCUGAAACAGCCAAGCAGAGAGUACAGAGGUGGGGGGAAUGAUCAAUCAGAGGACAAACAUUGAAGGGAACUAGUCCCCCUCAUGCAGAUUGUUCAUAAAUGGUGACCUUUAUGCUUGUUUGUUUCGGCAAGAAGAACAUGAACUUGUCUUUUCCUAUCGUCAUCGAUGCAAGAUAAGAUUUUCUUUUGCUGUGAGAAAAACAACAGAAACCCAAAUUUUGCUCUCAAGAUAACAGAAGAAGAAAUCAGAUUUUACCGUGAAAGUAAUCAAAAAGAAGGAAAACAAAAAAAGGCAAAACCCAAAUUCUACUCUCAGGCUUAGCAAUCCCUCUCUCUUCUGUUUUGCUGCUCAUAAAUCCUAAAUAAAUAAAUUCUUUCUUCUCUCUUAUCCUAAUUCUCCACAUCUAUCUAUCUCUUCCAAACAGUUUUAUUAUCAGUUCAUGCAUCUGGUCGUAAGGGAGAUUAGCAAGGAAGAACGAUGAUAUAAUUGCCUACUACUGUCGGUUUAACUCACAGAUCCAGUCGAUAUCAAAUUGUAUCUUUCAUCGUAAUAUCAACCAGUAAAUUGCGAUAUCGCAAUAUAGCAAUAUCUGCUACUGAUACGGGGGAACAAUCGUUUUGUGAGAAAAAAAAAAAAAGAAAAUUAAACUCAAACAUGUAUUAAUUAAUAAUUAAAAGAAAACAAGUGUUACUUUGU